GGCCACUCCGCCGUCGUCGAAUUGCUCCUCUCACAAAGCGACAUCGACGUGAACCUGGGCGAUGUUUUGGGCAGGACGCCGCUCUCCUGCGCCGCGCAGAACGGCCACGUGGGCGUCGUGGGGCGGUUGCUCGCGAAGCCAGGCAUCGAUGUCAACCGGCGGGACAUGUACGGCGACACGCCGCUGUCGCACGCCACGCGGAAUCGGCACCUGGCCGUCGUGAAACUACUGCUCGCGAGGGAGGACAUCGAUGCCGGGUCCCACGAUGGACACAGCGGAACACCACCGUCGACGGCCGGCCAGGACAGUCACGCCGGCGUA